AACACAGUUGCCAUGAAACGACAGGGAAGAAGAGCAGAGGCCAUGGUCGAAAUCCGCUGAAAAUUCGUUUUAUGCCGAAAUAUUCCGAACUUUCGAGAAAUUUCGUGUAAAAUUCGUUCUCAUUCUAUGAAUUUGAUCCCAUAGAUUUAGGGUUUGGGCCUUUCGUCUCUCUCAUCCCUUUCAGCCAUUAAAGGUGCUAUGUAAUCUUUCAAAGCUCUGUAAAUUUCACCUUUUUUAUUCAUUCUACCCUUAAAUUGAGGUUUUUUCAGUUCGAUUUCGCUCCAAUUUGGGGUUUGGUUUGAUUCUCUCUGGGUCUGUCCGUACAGUUGAAGCUUUUUGUGAAGCUUUCCAAUGUUUCUCUGCGUGUUGGUUCUAUGCGAUUCCGAGGUUCAUUUGGCUUCUAAAUUCGUUCUUUUGUCUUCUCCCAUAAAAUGACCUUUUGCUGAUACUCUCUGUAUUUUGGCAUAUUUUGAUGCACCUUUGCUCCUAGUUUAUGCUCUUUGGGUCCAAUUAUCUUUGACUGAAGUUGUGGUUCUUCGAGUCUUGUUCUCUCGAAUACUGAUUGAGGAGUUAAUGAAAAUGGUUGGAUCUUCUGGGAGUGAUUUAGAAGGCGGUCUUGCUGUACUUCAGUUACAAAAUUGGAGCCAUCUUCAUAUUGAUUUAUCAGAAUUCAAUGAGUUUUUUAUUUCCCCAACCAGAGAGCUAUUGCUAUUGCUCUCAUACCAAUGUGACGCAUUGUUACUUCCUCUAAUGGCUAGUGGAUUAUCAAACCGCUUGUCAUCCUCCAAAGCAGCAGCACAGGCAGAUUUAAAUAAGCCAGAUACGCUAUAUGAUACUCCAUAUGAGUCAGAUCCAAUAAACAUUCCCAAUUCUUCAUUGCCUGCAAAAAGUAGCUCUUCUUCAGCUUUUAAACAUCACCCAGUUAUUUCUGAUGUGAAAUCCUUGGCUUGGGGUUGUUGUGGCGAUGCAUACAAUCAGAACACAGAUGCUCGGUUCAAGGAGCUUCUUUUUGUGGCUGGUGAUCGUGGUGUUACAGUUCAUGCUUUCCGUUGCCUCAACCAAGAAAAUGAGACAUCUGAAUUGGUUUCUGAGGGUUUUCUUGAAGAAGGGAGGUGGGUAGAAUGGGGACCAUGGGCUUCUUCUAAUUGCAAGGCCCGUACGGAGGAGCUUGUCAGCUCUGUUUCACAAAAUGAUGGAAAUGUUUGGGGAACAAAUGCAGGCAAUGGAAACGAGGAACAAGAUUAUGGCGUGGAUCGAGAAGCGGACUAUAAUAAGUAUUCACAAAGAAAUGUAGGUUGCAAAAGAUGGUUACAAACUUUUCUUACUGAAAUUGAGACUAUUGAAUCUGGGGGCAAAUUUUUAGCUAGGUUUCCUGCAAAUUCAUCUUUCCCUUGUAUAGCUGAUGUGAUCUCCUUUAGCAUUUUGUAUCAUGCUCCAAAGUUCUUGGAUUUUUUGCAUAAUCAUGAUCCUGCUUUAAUUUCAAAGGAAAAAGAGAGGCAGGAAGUAGAUAUAAAAUCUCUUUAUAAAUGUUCCAAAGUCUUUUCCAGCUCGUCACACCGAUUAAUUGGUAUGGUGCUGACAUCAGAAGAGCCUUCUUAUGAAGACACUAGUGCAGUGGAUGAAAAGUGGAAACGUAAAGUGUUUGUGGUGGUUGCCAUGUUACAUAACUGGGGAAUACAAUGGGUUUCCUCAGUGAAACUCCAUAGUCUUUAUCAGCGAUCGAGGACCCAAUUUGAAUGGGCAGAUUUUCAACUUUCAGAUGAUUUUCUUAUUUGUCUGGAUUCAUCAGGUUUAAUCUUCAUAUGGGGUUCAACAACUGGGAAAUUGGUUACCAGCCUUGAUGUAUUGAAGAGCUGCGGAAUAAAUUCAAAACCUCAGUGUCUUGUAGAAACAGCACAGUUAUCCAUGUAUAGUGAGAAUUUUUCUUCCUCAAGACUUGAAGAACAAACUGAACAAUUUGAUGAAGUGUCCAAUGGCACUUCUCUUCGAAAAUUCAAGAAGUUGUUGGUUGCUUCGAAUUCUUUACUUCUUGCUGUCACUGAUAAAUAUGGACUGACCUACGUGAUCGCUGCUGAUGAUUAUAUUCCGGAAAAUGAUUAUAUGCAAAGUAAGCUGAUUCCAAAUUUUGAGCAUUAUGGUCUUGGUGUAUUGGCCAAUUGGAAACUUGCAGGUUCUGAUAUAGGUAGUCACAAGAUGUUUCAGUCUCAUUUGGAGUCUCAUAUAGAAGAUUCAUCGUACAAGGACGAUAUUGGAAGUAAACAGGUGGGAAAGAAAGGAAAGUGGCACAAGCCAGGUUGUGAAACUCAUUCAUAUUUGCAUGGUUUUUCUUGCAGAUCAUGGGUAAAGGGAGGUCAUCCUUCCUUCUCAGACACUUCAUUGACACCUAGCCGUAGAGUGUUUCUUCCCAUAGAAGGAUCUAAUAAAGAGGAUUCCAUCUUUUUUACUGCCCUUGGAAUCACUCGUAUUGUAAGAAAAUGCAUUGUUAAUAAUGGAAGGGGUUUUAAAAUUAUGCAUUCCUGUUUACAUUUAUCUCCAGAAGUUCUUGAUGAUAGAGGUCUAGAUACAGGCCUAUCACUAAGAAAGUUUUGUUCUUUGGAGAAGGAAUACGAGUUUGUUGGAAAAGUGAUUGGUUGCUCUUUUCAAGGAUGUGUAUAUUUUGUGUCUAAAGAUGGCCUGUUUAUUGUACUUCCAUCAAUUUCAGUUCCUUCGGAUACGCCACCUGCAGAAUAUAUAGAAUAUUGGAGACCAAUCAGCAUAAGAAACAAAGACUCUCACUUAGAACAUCUUUUGGUCAAUAGAGGUUCUAGAGACCUGCGGCAGCCUUGGCAAAUAGAAAUUUUGGAUAGAGCACUUGUUUGUGAAAGUCCAGAAGUAGUGGGUCACCUGUGUUUAGAAAAUGGAUGGGGCUUAAAAGUCGCUUGGAUACGUCGCCUGCAGUUGGCUUUGGAUUACGCGAACUAUGAUGAAAUAGAGAAGUCCUUAGAUAUGCUUAUUGGUGUGAAUGCAGCUGAGGAAGGCAUCAUGAGGUUGCUGUUUACUGUUGUGGAGAGGAUUUUUUGUAGAUCUACCAAGGAUCAUGAUCUAGCUUUGGCAUCAAGACUUCUGGCUCUAGCUGCACGCUUUGCCACUAAAAUGAUUAGGAGAUAUGGCUUACUCGAGCAUAAGAGAGAUAAAUGUACAUUCAAGGGAUCUAUGCAAUCAACAUUUUGUCAUCUGGAACCGCCACCAAUAAAGAAGAAUUCUGGAACUGCAAAUUUAGGAAGACUUCGUGAGAUGGCUCACUUUCUAGAGGUUAUUAGGAAUCUACAGAAUCGACUGGGUGUAAUGCGCAGAAGGCCGGGUACAGGGGCGGUAGAUACUGAAAAUGCAUCAGCUCUUGCACCAAUUGCUUCACAGGAUGACUUGCCUCUUCCCCAAGGUUCUGUGGUUGAGAAGAACGCAUCUGGAACUGUAUCUACAUUGGAAGCUCAAAACCCAAGAGAAGUGUUCCCUCAAACAUUUCCUGAGAGUGAGGAAUCUCUGCUAGCUUUGUCACCCUUGGAGUCGGUCUCCUCAACUAGCUACUUGGAUUCAAGAAGCUUGCAUGAACUUUUUGUCCCUUCAUCAAUGGAUGGGAGUCAGAGUAGACCAAUUAUCUCCUUUGAAAAUGCCAAGGAUAUGAUUGCAAGAUGGGAGAUGAAUAAAUUAGAUCUCAAGAGUGUUGUGAAAGAUGCCCUAAGCUCUGGUCGUCUUCCUUUGGCAGUUCUUCAGUUACACAUUCAACAUUUGAAAGAGCGGGGGUUUGAAAGAGAAACAAGGGAUAUAUUUAAUGAGGUUCAAGAUGUUGGAAGGGCUAUCGCUUAUGAUAUGUUCUGCAAGGGAGAAGCUGGAUUGGCUAUAGCCACAUUGCAAAGAUUAGGUGAGGACAUUGAAGUUAGCUUGAAGGAAUUAGUAUUUGGUACUGUGAGGAGGAACCUAAGGACGCAUAUUGCCGAGGAGUUGAAACGACUUGGAUACUUGGCGUCAUACGAAUUGAGAGUAUUGGACAGAUUAUCACUCAUUGAGAGGUUGUAUCCAAGCAGUAGCUUUUGGGGUACAUAUGUUUGUAAGCCGAAACAACUCGGUAAAGGUGUUUAUAGUGUAACUCUGGUGGAAGAAGAUAGACCCCGGCUUGUAUGUUAUCAUUCAUAUAAAGAUCAUACCAUUGAAUGUGGAGAAAUUGAUGGGGCCGUGAUUGGUUCAUGGGCAAACAUUGAUGAAAAUUUGGCUUCUGUGCAACCGUCUGAGGAAGACAACAUCCAUGCUGGCUACUGGGCUGGUGCUGCAGUUUGGUGCGAUGCCUGGGAUCAAAGAAUUGUUGACCGAAUAGUAUUGGAUCAACCAUUUCUUAUGGGAGUCCAUGUGCUGUGGGAGUCACAACUGGAAUAUUACAUGUGUCACAAUGACUGGGUGGAGGUCUCCAGACUCCUGGACACGAUUCCAAGUUCUUUAUUAGCAGAUGGGAGCCUUCAAAUCCAACUGGAUGUUUUGCACUCAUUUCAGGCGAAUGGAGAAGAUAGAAAUGUCCCAAGAUCAGCCCGACAAUCAUUUUCCUCUGAAGAGUUGGAUUCCGUUUACAUGACAGUGCCAAAUAUUAAGCUCUUCCAUUCUUCUUCUUUGAGUACAUGCUCACAGUGGUUGAGAAUGCACAUGGAACAGAAGCUAGCUAGGAAGUUAAUAUUUCUGAAGGGGUACUGGAAAGGGACUUGGGAGAUCAUGCCAUUGCUUUCCCGUGCAGGCUUCAUAGUCAACACAUCAAAAAUCUCUGUCAGGGAGGAAUCGUCUGAAAACCUUGCGGAUCUUGACUUCUCAAGUAUCAAUGAGGGUUUUGACAAAGAUGCCUUGCUAGGACUACAUAGAGUUGUUGUGCAUUAUUGUGCAGAGUAUAACUUGCCAAACCUUCUAGACCUUUAUUUGGACCAUCACAAAUUAGCUUUUGAUGAUUCUUCAAUGAGUUUGUUUCAGGAAGCUGCUGGAGACUGCAUGUGGGCAAAAUGGUUGCUGUUGUCACGGAUAAAAGGAUUUGAAUAUGAUGCAUCCUUUGCUAAUGCUCGAGCGAUUUUAUCUCACAAUUUGGUGCCUGGUAAUAACCUUUGUGCGUUAGAGAUUGAUGACAUUAUAAGGACUAUUGAUGAUAUUGCUGAAGGUGGUGGAGAAAUUGCUGCCCUGGCAACUUUGAUGUAUGCCUCAGUUCCUCUCCAGAAUUUCCUUUGUAGUGGUAGCGUAAAUAGGCACUGCAAAUCUUCAGCACAGUGUACAUUGGAAAACCUUAGACCAGGACUUCAGCACUUUCCUACAUUAUGGCACACUUUAGUGGCUGCUUGCUUUGGUCAAGAUUUGAAUCCAGGUUCCGUGGUUCCGAACAUAAGGCCUGUUUUUGGCAAGUCUGCUUUGGCAGAUUAUUUGAAUUGGCGAGAUAAACUUUUCUCCUCAUCUGGAGGCGAUACCUCAUUACUGCAGAUGCUUCCUUGUUGGGUUACCAAGGCUGUACGGAGACUAAUUCAGCUUUCCGUCCAGGGUCCCAUCGGAAGGCAAUCCUUUUCGUUUGCCAAUUCAGUUCUUGGUGUGGACUCAAAUGGAGAGUUCAGUGCUGUGUCUUGGGAAGCAGCAGUACAGAAACAUAUUGAAGAGGAACUCUAUGCUUCUUCAUUCGAGGAAAAUGGGCAUGGAAUUGAGCACCACUUGCAUCGUGGUCGUGCAUUGGCAGCUUUCCACCAUCUCCUUGGCGUACGUGCCCAGAGAAUGAGAACAGGUCAUGCUGAUCUAGAACGAAAAGGAAGUUCUACACGUGGAUCAACUAAUGUUCAGUCAGACUCCCAAAGACUUCUAACGCCAUUAACUCAAAAUGAAGAAUCCCUUCUCUCUUCGGUCAUUCCACUUGCAACUUUGCACUUUGAGGAUCCUGUUUUGGUUGCAUCUUGCGCUCUUCUCUUGGAGCUUUGUGGACAAUCUGCUAGCACACUGCGUGUCGAUGUGGCUGCUUUGCGUCGUAUUUCAUCCUUUUACAAGUCUAUGGGGGCCAAUGAGAAUCUUAAACAGUUCUCACCAAAGGAUUCUCCAUUUCAUGUUGUAUCAAAUGAAGGUGAAUUUACCCUGUCUCUUGCUCAAUCCUUAGCGGACGACUAUCUGGAUCAUGAUAAUGUUAGGCUUCUUGGAAAGCGGGCAAAAGCUCCUCUUACUCGGAGACAUUCUAGGGUUCUUGAGACUGUCCUGCAACAUUUGGAAAAAGCUAGUUUGCCUGUAAUGAUUGAUGGCCAGACUUGUGGAUCGUGGCUUUUGAGUGGCAAGGGUGAUGGAGCUGAGUUGAGAUCCCAACAAAAAGCUGCUAGCCAAUACUGGAAUUUAGUUACAACAUUUUGCCAAAUGCAUCAUCUCCCCAUCAGCACAAAGUAUCUUGCUGCCCUUGCAAAAGACAAUGACUGGGUUGGCUUUCUGACAGAAGCUCAGUUAGAGGGAUGCCAAUUUGAUGUUCUCAUUCAAGUGGCAUCAAAGGAGUUCACUGAUCCUCGCCUUAAGUGCCACAUAUUAACGGUUUUGAAAAGUAUGUCAACAAAAGCAAAAUCAAGCUCCACAACCAGCUCAGCAAGUACAGGCAAAAACAAUGGGAUAUCUACAUGUUUUGAGAGUAUGAUACCUGUGGAACUUUUUGAACUUGUUGCUGAGGCUGAGAAACAAAAAAAUUCUGGUGAAGCCCUUCUACUAAAAGCGAAAGAUUUACGUUGGUCUCUUUUGGCAAUGAUAGCAUCAUGCUUUCCAGAUGUAUCUCCGAUCACCUGUUUAACAGUUUGGCUGGAGAUAACAGCAGCAAGUGAAACUUCAUCCAUCAAGGUGAAUGACAUUUCCUCCCAGAUCACUGCUAAUGUCGCUGCAGCUGUAGAAGCAACCAAUACACUACCUAAUUGCAGCAGAGAACUAACUAUACGUUAUAAUAGAAGGAAGCCUAAAAGAAGGCGUCUGAUGGAAACAGUCAUUUCUGAGAAUACUUCUGUUAGUUCUCCUACAAGCCCCUCAUUUACUUCCCCUGCUAUUAGCUUAUCCCUAUCUCAAGGGGUCCCUGCUAAAGAGGCAAGAAAGAAACAGGCUGAUGAAAUGAUAAGUGUUAUGAGAGAUCCAGAUGAUGGUCGUGUUUCUCUGUCAAAGAUGGUUGCCAUACUUUGUGAGCAACGUUUGUUUCUUCCUUUACUGAGAGCUUUUGAGAUGUUCAUUCCUUCAUGUGUAUUGGUACCUUUUAUCCGUUCUCUCCAGGCAUUUUCACAAAUGAGACUCUCUGAAGCUUCAGCGCACCUAGCAUCGUUCUCUGCCAGGAUCAAAGAAGAGCCCCAAUACAUACACACGAAUAUACCUAAAGAUGAGCAUAUAGGGACAACAUGGAUUACUGCAACAGCUGUGAAAGCAGCAGAUGCAAUGCUUUCAACUUGCCCAUCAGCAUAUGAGAAAAGGUGCUUAUUAAAACUUCUUUCUGGUGCUGAUUUUGGAGACGGGGGAUCUGCAUCUGCACACUAUCGGCGACUUUAUUGGAAAAUUAAUUUGGCGGAGCCUUCUUUACGCCAAAAUGAUGGCUUAUGCUUGGGGGAUGAAUCCCUUGAUGAUGCUGGUUUAUUGACUGCAUUAGAGAAGAUUGGCCAUUGGGAGCAAGCUCGUACUUGGGCCCAACAAUUAGAAUUAAGUGGUCCACAGUGGAGAUCAGCUGCUCAUCAUGUGACGGAAAUGCAGGCUGAAGCAAUGGUGGCAGAGUGGAAGGAGUUUCUUUGGGAUGUUCCUGAAGAGAAAGCUGCUUUAUGGGGCCAUUGUCAAACCCUGUUCCUUAGAUAUUCAUUUCCUGGCCUACAGGCUGGUUUGUUCUUCCUUAAGCAUGCAGAUGCAGUAGAAAAGGAUAUUCCAGCUAGAGAGCUACAUGAAAUGCUUCUCCUUUCGUUACAGUGGUUAAGUGGAAGCCUAACCCAGUCCCUACCGGUUUAUCCUUUGCAUCUAUUGCGUGAAAUUGAGACUAGAGUAUGGCUUUUAGCUGUGGAAUCAGAAGCUCAGGUAAAAGCUGGCAGAGUUUUGUUUUCUUCUAGUUCCAACCAGGAUGGAAAUGAGACCAGCAUUAUUGAGAAAACGGCGAGUAUCAUUGCAAAAAUGGACAGUCAUUUACAAAUUAUGAGGACUCGAACCACAGAAAGAAGCGAGAUAAGGGAAAAUAACCAAGUGUCUCGCUAUGCACAAAUUUCAGAAACUUCAGCCAGUACCACAAAGACAAAACGAAGGGCUAAAGGCUAUCUACCAUCAAGGCGUUUCCCUACUGAUACUGCUGAUAAGAACCAAGAUAAUGAAGAUAGCUUCAGUUCUCUGCAAAGUUCUAGGAAUAACAUUGAAUUAUUCAAGAACUUUCAGUUACAAGAGGAAAAUAUUAAAUUUGAUUCCUCUGUUUCGGGAUGGGAAGAGAGGGUGGGACCUGCAGAGUUGGAAAGGGCUGUUCUCUCACUUUUAGAGUUUGGUCAAAUAACAGCAGCGAAGCAACUUCAACAAAAACUUUCUCCAUCUCAUGUUCCAACUGAAAUAGUGCUGGUAGAUGUUGCUCUUAAGCUUGCCUCCAUUUCAACUCCUGGCACUAGUGGAGAGGGAUCCUUGUGUUCUCUUGAUUCAGAUACCCUGUCAGUUAUGCAGUCAUACGAAAUACUGGAUCACAAUCAUGUGACCAAUCCAUUGCAGGCUUUAGAGACUUUAACAACAAAAUGCACUGAAGGAAGUGGCCGUGGAUUGUGUAUGAGAAUUAUCGCAGUUGUGAAAGCUGCAAAUGUGUUGGGACUUACAUUUUCUGAGGCUUUUCAGAAACGGCCUAUUGAAUUGCUUCAACUGCUUUCUCUUAAAGCACAAGAUUCCCUUGAGGAAGCCAAGCUUCUAUUACAAACCCAUUUCAUUCCUCCGUCAAGCAUUGCACGUAUUCUUGCCGAAUCUUUUUUAAAGGGUCUAUUGGCUGCACAUCGUGGAGGAUAUAUGGAUUCUCAGAAGGAGGAAGGACCUGCUCCUCUUUUGUGGAGGCUCUCUGAUUUCAUAAAGUGGGCCGACUUGUGUCCAUCUGAACCUGAAAUUGGCCAUGCCUUAAUGCGCCUAGUGAUAACUGGACAUGAUAUUCCACAUGCAUGCGAGGUCGAGCUACUCAUUUUGUCGCACCAUUUCUACAAGUCUUCUGCAUGCCUUGAUGGGGUGGAUGUCCUGGUAGCCCUUGCAGCAACCAGGGUGGAGUCUUAUGUAGCCGAAGGGGAUUUCUCAUGUUUAGCUCGUCUUGUGACUGGAGUGAGCAAUUUCCAUGCGUUGCAUUUUAUCCUUGAUAUACUGAUUGAAAAUGGACAACUCGAGCUUCUACUUCAGAAGUUUUCAGUUGCGGAUUCAACAACUGGUGCAGCUGAGGCGGUGAGAGGGUUCCGUAUGGCUGUUCUCUCAUCGUUGAAGCACUUCAAUCCUCAUGAUCUCGAUGCAUUUGCUAUGGUCUACAAUCACUUCGACAUGAAGUAUGAAACAUCCUCCUUGCUCGAGUCACGUGCACGCCGCUCACUUCAACAAUGGUUCCUCCAGCAUGACAGAGAGCGUAGUGAGGAGCUCCUCGACUCCAUGCGUUUCUAUGUUGAAGCUGCUGAGUCCUACUCCACUAUUGAUGCUGGUAACAAGACACGACAAGCAUGUGCCCAGGCCUCCCUAACCGCACUCCAGAUACGCAUGCCCGACCACAUGUGGCUCAACCUAUCUGAGACCAACGCACGCCGUGCCCUAGUCGAACAAGCCCGCUUCCCUGAAGCCCUAGCUGUGGCCGAAGCCUAUGGCCUAAACCAACCCAGCGAGUGGGUCUUAGUCAUUUGGAAUCAAAUGCUUAGACCCGACAUCAUAGAGGCCUUUUUAGAUGAAUUUGUAGCAGCAUUGCCUCUACUAGCUAGCAUGUUACUAGAGCUAGCGAGGUUUUAUAGGUCCGAGGUCACAGCUAGAGGAGAGCAAUCGCAAUUGUCAGCUUGGCUGACACCAGGUGGCUUGCCUAUAGAGUGGGCUAGGCAUUUGGGGAGGUCUUUUAGGGCGUUGUUGAAGAGGACGAGAGAUUUAAGAGUGAGAAUGCAGGUUGCGGCGGUGGCAACAGGAUUUAGGGAUGUGGUGGAGGUGUGUGCUACUGCAUUGGACCGGGUGCCGGAGUCGGCAGGGCCUUUGGUGUUGAGGAAGGGGCAUGGCGGUGCAUAUUUGCCGCUGAUGUGAUGGGGUGAUGGAGAUGAGGUCUCUCUCUAUGUGCGUGUAUGUAUAUAUGAGAUUGCUUUGGGUUUGUACCGUGUUGUAAAUUUGGAGAAGUUUUGGGGUUUUGAGGUGGUGCUAGAAGUGUACGAUGAGUGGGUUUUAUUUGUUGUACAAGGGAGUUUUUUUUUAUUCUUUUGUAGAGUAAAAAAUAUAUAUAUUUUUUGGUAUGAA